UGUCAACAAAGCUUGGUGAGAAGGCUGGGCCCCAGGCUUCAAGGAAUUCUGCAGUUUACUGGACACUGAGGAUAGCGAAAUGGGUGCAUCAAGGCCACCAAGCACCCCUGCAUCAAAGAUUGAGCGCACACCGAUGUCGACACCAACACCUGGUGGCAGCUCUCGAGCCAAGGAGGAGAAGAUUUUUGUCACUGUGAGGGUGCGACCAUUGAGCAAGAAAGAGCUGGCCUUGAAGGACCAGGUGGCAUGGGAGUGCGCUGAUAACCAGACAAUUUUGUACAAGGGCCCCCCACAGGAUCGGGCUGCACCCACUUCUUACACUUUCGAUAAGGUGUUUGGGCCAGCUUCCCAGACAGAUGUAGUGUAUGAAGAGGGAGCUAAGGAUGUUGCUAUGUCUGCAUUGACAGGCAUUAAUGCCACCAUUUUUGCCUAUGGUCAAACCAGCAGUGGUAAGACAUUCACCAUGAGAGGCGUCACAGAGAGUGCUGUAAAUGAUAUAUACAGGCACAUAGAGAAUACUCCCGAGAGGGACUUCAUCAUCAAGAUAUCUGCUAUGGAAAUUUAUAACGAGAUUGUGAAGGAUCUUCUACGACCUGAGUCUACUAAUCUUCGCUUGUUAGAUGAUCCUGAGAAAGGAACCAUCGUGGAAAAACUGGAAGAAGAAAUUGCCAAAGAUAGCCAACAUCUUAGGCAUCUAAUCAGUAUUUGCGAAGAACAAAGACAGGUCGGGGAGACUGCACUAAAUGACACCAGUUCACGCUCCCACCAGAUCAUUAGGCUGACAGUUGAGAGUAGGCUCCGUGAAGUGUCAGGAUGUGUUAAAUCUUUUGUGGCUAAUCUGAAUUUUGUUGACCUUGCUGGAAGUGAACGAGCUGCACAAACACAUGCAGUUGGUGCAAGACUGAAAGAAGGUUGCCACAUAAAUCGGAGCUUACUGACUCUGACUACUGUCAUCAGAAAGCUAAGCUCGGAUAGAAGAGGUGGACACAUACCCUAUCGAGACUCAAAGUUGACGCGCAUUCUCCAACUUUCUUUGGGUGGAAAUGCAAGAACAGCCAUCAUUUGUACCAUGAGUCCAGCCCAAACACAUGUAGAACAAUCUAGAAAUACUCUAUUCUUUGCAACAUGUGCCAAGGAAGUUACGAAUAAUGCAAAAGUUAAUAUGGUGGUAUCAGAUAAGCAGUUGGUGAAGCACCUUCAGAUGGAAGUUGCUAGACUUGAAGCUGAACUGAGAACCCCUGAUCGUGCCUCCUCUUCUGAGAUAAUUAUAAUGGAAAGGGACAGGAAGAUUAGACAGAUGGAAAUAGAGAUGGAGGAACUCAAGCAGCAACGAGAUAAUGCACGGUCAAAACUUGUAGAAUUACAAAAGAAGAUGGGUGAUAACCAGCCAGGGUGGAAUCCUUUUGACUCGCCACAAAGGACACGAAAAUGCCUCACAUUUUCUGGAUCACUACAACCAAGUAACAAAAUGAAGAUGCGAAGCUCAGUUAGACAAUCAGCCACUGCUCCAUUUAUGUUAAAGCAUGAAAUUCGCAAGCUUGAGCAGCUGCAACAGCAGCUUGAGGUUGAAGCUAACCGUGCUAUUGAAGUACUGCACAAAGAAGUCGAAUGCCAUAAACAUGGCAAUCAAGAUGCAGCAGAAACUAUUGCUAAACUACAGGCUGAGAUAAGGGAGAUGCAAUCUGUUAGAACUGACAGAGAUGUUGAGAUGAUUACAGAUGAAGGAAAUGGAUCUGAUUUGAAAGAAGAAAUUAGUAGACUUCAUAUGCAAGACAAUGAUAUUGCAAAACUUGAGGCUAAAUUAGAAAAUGUACAGAGAUCUAUCGAUAGAUUGGUUAUGUCUCUUCCAAAUGUUAGCACACAGUGUAACGAGACUACACCAAAGUCCAACAGAGCAAAGAAGAAGAAGAGGAUGCUUCUUCCACUGGGUGUGAGCAACAUGAACAGACCAAAUCUGAUAAGAGCACCAUGCUCUCCCCACUCUUCUAGCAGGCCUUUAGAGCCAGAAGUUGAGAAUAGGGCUCCAGAGGGUGACACCGUGUCUCAUGAAGGUUCAGAAAGGGCUACUCCUACUAAGAGUGAAGAUACUGGAGAUAUAUCAUCACGUGAUGAAACCCCACGCUAUAGGCGAUCCAGCUCAGUGAACAUGAAAAAAAUGCAGAAGAUGUUCCAAAAUGCUGCUGAAGAGAAUGUUAGAAACAUCCGGGCUUACGUCACUGAACUGAAGGAGAGAGUUGCAAAACUUCAAUACCAAAAGCAGCUGCUCGUCUGUCAGGUCUUGGAGUUGGAAUCAAAUGAAGGCAAGACAAAUGACAUGGAAGACGAUUCAGAGGAAAAUGCAGGAUCUCUACAGGAUGGUCCUGAUUCAUGGGAUAAAUUAUUUAAGGAGCAGAUGCAGCACAUUAUCCAGCUGUGGGAUCUGUGUCAUGUAUCAAUCAUACAUAGGACCCAGUUCUACUUAUUAUUCAGGGGGGAUAGGGCCGAUCAGAUAUAUAUUGAAGUCGAGGUUAGAAGACUGUCAUGGUUGCAACAGCAUUUUGCUGAGGUAGGAGAUGCAAGUCCUGCAGCUGGUGAUGACUCUGCCAUCUCUUUAGCCUCAAGCAUUAAGGCGUUGAGGAAUGAGCGAGAAUUCCUCGCGAGAAGGAUGGGCUCAAGGCUGACAGAAGAAGAGCGAGAGCGCCUCUUCAUCAAAUGGCAGGUGCCACUGGAGGCGAAGCAGCGGAAGCUCCAGCUUGUGAACAGGCUUUGGACAGACCCCAACGACCAAGCUCACAUCGAGGAGAGCGCCGACAUAGUGGCCCGGCUGGUUGGUUUCUGUGAGGGUGGUAACAUCAGCAAGGAGAUGUUUGAGCUCAAUUUUGCAGUGCCUGCAAGUAGGAAGCCAUGGCUGUUGGGUUGGCAGCCCAUCUCAAACAUGAUCAGGGAGAAGACACAGCUUUGGUAAGCAGAGAUGUGUUCAGCUUCCUUACAAUGAGGUGUCAUACAAUCUCAUAAAAAUUGGUGCUCUGGACUGGUUGAUUUGACCAAAGGGGAGAAGUGGCUGAGCUUCUGGGUUGGUCAAGGCCAGGAUUGAUCAGGGUGAGAACUGAUGCGAGCAUGGUGCCAACAUGCUUGUCUGUGCAGAAUCAACUUCUCUUCAACCUGUAUUCUUUUAUCUCAAUCUCCAGUGUAGAGAGACUUGAAUGCUCUGAUAUUCUUUAUUAUGUAGUUUUAAGAAAUGAUCAUGUUUCAACUUCUCUCCAAAAUUUAUUGUCAUGUUCGUCUUGGUAUAUGGUUAAAAUGUGAAUUAUUUAGUGAAUGCGUUGAGGAAUAGUUUCACUACUGUCUCACGCAUACUCCCUUUGUCCCAAAAAAACGAAUUCUCCGGUU